UAGUAUCUUUUAUAUUUUCUUAUAACUGUAUAUUCAAUAGAACUGGUUUACGAAGAACGGUCACCGAUGAUCGUCCUUCGAGUUUAUUUAAUACUCGCGUUACUUCAAUAUAUUUUUGAUAAUGGAUUAGCAGCGAAUGGUUUGAUAUGGGACAAGUAUCGACAAAAUUUCGUUCAAUUAUAUUCGAUACCGAGAUUCGCAGCUUUAAAUGACGAGAUACAAGCGAGACGACGACGAUCCGAGUUGUACAUUUUUCAUCAUGAACCCAUCAGAGUGGCUUACUAUGAGGAUCCUCACGUGGUCAUGUUCUACGAAAACAACACCAAAAUUCGAGGUAUUUCCGGCGAAGUAUGGACGCUACUCGCUGAUUAUUUAAAUUUUACAUUAAUACCAGUGAAAAGCAAAUCUAAUACAUUCGGUGAACCUUUGGAAGAUGGUACCUACGAUGGGGUCAUGGGUAUCUUUAAACGUAACGAAACUGAUAUCAUUUUGCGAACCGGACUUUAUAAAUUUCGUAAAAAAGAUAUGGAUUAUACUAUUCCUAUUUAUCGUACCGGAUAUAAUUUGCUAAUACAUCCGAAAUGGCAAUACGAUAAUAUGUGGUUAAUAGAAAUGUUCUCGACAAAAACUUGGUACUUCAUUAUAUCCAUAUUCGUGAUUCUCUGUCUUUUCGGUUAUUUCGCACAAAAGAUACCAGAAAUAAAUACUGAAGAUAAUAAAACCAAAAUCAAUUUCAAUUUGAGCGAUCACAUCUUUCAUACGUUCGCUAUAAUGUGUUCCCAAGGAUAUCUACCAUCAGAUUACUUCGACAAAUUCAAGAUACUUUCCACUUCGAAGAAUAUUUUUUCUUGGCUAAUAUUUUUAACCUUUAGCUCGCAUUUGAUAUAUCGUAUGACCAACAGAGAAGUGAUACCACCAUUCAAUAAUUUCGAUGAUCUAUUAAGCAAUACCAAUUAUAUUAUACUAAGUUUUCGUGGAUCAAUGGUACAUGAAUCCUUCGAGUUCAUGGACGAUGAAAGAGAUAUAUAUAGAACAGCGUGUAGUAACAAAAAUAAAUAUGCGAUAUUCGAAGUACACGAUACGUUUACUGUUAUAAGUAGAUUCGUUUGUACAUUAAUGCCUAUUGGUAAUCUUUAUUAUAAAACAUGGAUUACAUUUGGAAUUCAAAAACAUCUACCGUAUAAGCGAACGAUCGAUAUCGCGAUCAUAAAGAUGCAAGAAGUUGGAUUGGUUGAUUGCUUGAAGGAACGUUGGUUGUUAACAAAACUUGACAAUAAAGAGAACAAUCGUUUCGACAAGAUCGACUUCGAUCAAAUUUACGUUAUAUUCUGUAUUCUAUCGAUAGGAUUUUUAGCGGCCAUUUUGGUACUCGCAAUAGAGCACAUUGUCUUCUUUUACGAAUCGAAAUUAGACGUGAAAAUUGAGAAACGAGUUAGACGUAAAGCAGUAAAGAUAUUAAUUAAAUAAUGAAAUAAAUAAAAUCGUGUUUACGAUGAUGAUUCUU